GGAGAGAGAGAGAGAGAGAGAGAGAGGGAGAGGGGGGGUGGGGUGGAUAUGGAGGGAGGAGCUCAACCGACGGAUACCGAGAUGGCGGAGGCCGGAGGGCAGCCGCCUCCGUCGGCCGCAGCACCGCCGUCGCAGGGGCCGGAGAACAUCCAGGAGACGCUCAGCCACGGCGGGCGAUUCAUCCAGUACAAUAUGUUCGGGAACGUCUUUGAGGUUACCUCCAAAUACAAGCCACCCAUCAUGCCCAUCGGGAAGGGCGCGUACGGCAUCGUCUGCUCGGCUUUGAACUCGGAGACCGGCGAACAGGUGGCGAUCAAGAAGAUAGCCAACGCAUUCGACAAUAAGAUCGAUGCGAAGAGGACGCUGCGUGAGAUAAAACUUCUCAGGCACCUGGACCACGAAAAUAUUGUUGCAAUCAGAGACAUAAUACCACCCCCUGUACGUGAGACAUUUAAUGAUGUCUAUAUUGCUUAUGAGUUAAUGGACACUGAUCUUCAUCAAAUUAUCCGUUCAAAUCAAGCUCUUUCUGAGGAGCAUUGUCAGUAUUUUCUUUAUCAGAUUCUUCGGGGGCUAAAAUACAUACACUCAGCAAGUGUUCUCCACAGAGACCUAAAACCAAGCAAUCUCCUCUUAAAUGCCAACUGUGAUCUGAAAAUCUGUGACUUUGGGCUCGCUCGUACUACCUCAGAAACUGAUUUUAUGACAGAAUAUGUUGUCACAAGAUGGUACCGAGCUCCAGAACUUUUGCUUAAUUCUUCAGAAUAUACUGCAGCAAUUGAUGUGUGGUCUGUUGGCUGCAUCUUUAUGGAACUGAUGGACCGGAAGCCUCUAUUUCCUGGAAGGGAUCAUGUGCACCAGCUACGUUUAUUGAUGGAACUUAUUGGCACUCCAAAUGAAGCUGAUUUGGAUUUUGUGAAUGAAAAUGCAAGAAGAUAUAUUCGCCAGCUUCCACGUCAUCCACGACAGUCCUUUCCUGAAAAAUUUCCCCAUGUUCACCCUACAGCUAUUGAUCUUGUUGAGAGGAUGUUAACAUUUGAUCCUAGACAGAGAAUAACUGUUGAAGAUGCUCUUGCACAUCCCUAUUUGGCAUCUUUACAUGACAUCAGUGACGAACCAGUUUGCAUGAUGCCCUUCAGCUUUGACUUUGAGCAGCACGCACUCUCCGAAGAACAGAUGAAAGAGCUCAUCUACAGAGAGGCCCUCGCAUUCAACCCAGAGUACCAGCAAUAAGACUCAGUAAGGUUAUUCACACAUCGGCGUUUAAUGUUGUUUUGUAAGGCAUCAUUACGGGUUUCUCUAUGUGCACAUUCUUGAUGUACAUAUGUGCAUGAAUCUAGCUGUUGAUGAUCCUUAUAACUCUACAUGGAAAACGCAGGAAACUUGGGUGGAUCCUUAAGCUUACUGUUUAGGAACUUUUUUCAAGCAGUUUAAUCAGCAAAAUUGCUGGUCAAAAUAAUGCAGUAUACAUAUCCAGAGUUCUCAUUCCUUCUGUGAAUCGUUAGACUUGCAAAAUCUGAUACGAGGUUGAUUAUAGAAACCUAACAGGAGAAAUCAAGCCUGUACGAUUCACAGGAUGUUUCCGUAUUGAUUCUCUUUUCAUCAGAGAGUAGUAGGUAACUUUAAAGGUUUUGAAGUCUUAACCUUAAAGGUUUCUCCAGUACCUCAUUUGUAGGUUUUUGGCCUGAAAGGGGCUAUUCCUUUGUAAAGAGAUGUUGCUGACUGUAAUGCUUACUAUUGUGCUACUGGUGUCUUAUGAUCUUAUGAUAGUAUUUCAUUCGUGAAA